AUGACUGCAUCGGAGGCUCAUAGCGAUGCAGAGCAGUCUCCAAAACAGGACGGAAGGUCUGACCAGUCCGACAAAAGUAGUGGCACGAUAGAGCAGUCUUCAGAAAAGGGAAAUGGAACCGAUCAUGGCGAUGACCAGGACGGAGAGACCCACGAGCGCCGAACUGGAUCUUGUAAAUGGUUCAACGUCCUCAAAGGUUUUGGAUUCAUCGUCCUUGAUGACACUCAUGAGGAUGUUUUUGUGCAUCAGUCGGAACUCCAAAUGGAAGGUUUUCGUAGUUUGGAGGAGGGAGAGCGAGUGGCAUUCUACGUGAGAACUCGAAAUAGUGGACAACGAGCCGGUGCACUAGAGGCAUUUCAGGUUGGUCCGGAAGAUCAGAACAAGACGCUAGUUGGUAGCAGCAUUCGUCCGUUAGGAGCCAAAAAGGAUCGUAUGAUUAGAUGCUACAAAUGCGGUCGUUUCGGGAACCAUAUGGCUCAACGUUGCAGAAAAGUGGAAUCUGAUCAGAAGGUCUGUUACGGAUGUGGUGCAUCAGAUCAUCUAUUUAGUGGUUGUCCAAAAGUAGCUCAUCGUACAAAGCGAGGAGGGAACAAUGAAGAAGUCCACAGAGAAGCACAAACAGCCCAAUAG